AUGUCGUCGAAUGAUACUGGAAGUCAAGCUUCUGAAGGCGCCAGCCUCAACACAGCGAAUACAACCCCAUCAACACAAGCUAGUAAUAGAACCAGCUCAUCAGCAAACAUUAUAAAUCCUCCUUUAUUUAAAUUGAAGAUAUUAGAUGCUUUGAAGAACAACAACUGUGAUCAAUUGAGACAACUUGUCAUUUCAGUUAAGGAUUCAGUGAAUUAUUAUGAAUUGUCAUUAGUCAAGAACUUGAUCUUUAACUUAGCAGUGCAAGUUGCGCCACUUCAAGUCAUAACUCAAUUGUUGUCAGAUGAUUCAAAAGAUUUAGGAAUUGAUGUCAACUACCAGGAUGAGAAUGGGAAUGCGCCUCUUCAUUUAGCUGCACUCAACUCUAGGGCAGACGUCGUUCAAUUAUUACUGAGAGAUGAGAGAAUCAACGAUACAAUCCUCAAUAAUGACCUAAAACAACCAAUUGAAGUGGCGAAAGACCUCAGAAUAGUGGAAUUACUUCAAAAGGAACGUGCUACUUAUGUUGAACGAAUCGCCAAUGAUUUGAGGUCUGCAUUCACAAACCAUGAUUUUGCGAGAUUGGAUGAGAUUUUGGCAUCACCAAGAAAUUUUGAAUUAUUGGAUAUAAAUGGGAAUGAUCCAGAGACAGGUGAUACUGUUUUACAUGAGUUUGUCAAGAAGAAUGAUAUUGGAAUGGUUAAAUGGAUUUUAACUCAUGGUGGUGAUCCUUUCAAAAGAGAUAGAAAGGGGAAAUUACCAAUUGAGUUGGUUGGAAAAAAUAAUGAUACCAUGAAAAAAAUCUUGAAGGACGCUACUAAAGAUCAAAAUGUUAUAAGUCAAGCUGGUAGAUCAACAGGUUUCAAAGCUCCAACAUAUAAAGGAUACUUGAGAAAAUGGACAAAUUUUGCAUCAGGUUACAAGUUGCGUUGGUUUAUCUUGGACUCAAAUGGGAUUUUAUCAUAUUACAAGAGUCAAGAAGAUACAAAUAAUGCUUGUAGAGGGUCAUUAAACAUGAAAAGUGCUAUUCUACAUUUAGAUUCAUCAGAGAAACAAAAAUUUGAAAUUAUUAGCAAAAGUGGUGUUAGAUGGCAUUUGAAAAGUAAUUAUCCAAUUGAGACAAAUCGUUGGGUUUGGAGUUUACAAGGAGCAAUAAGAUAUGCUAAGGAUAAGGAAAGAGCUAUUCGUUAUUCCCAAGAAACUGAAAGAAAAGAUAGCUUCGAUAGUGUUGGUGGAGCUGGAGUUAACCGUCAUACAAGAAACUUGAGCUCGGGAUCAGUUGAAGAAAAUUCUAAUAAAUUGGAAUCAAGUGCAAACAGUUUAGCUGAUAUCAAAGAGAAUGAACGCUUGAAACAAACUGAAGCCCGCCGUCCAGCACAAAUUGUUUAUGAUACCGAUGAUGAAGAUGAUAACGAAUCGAGGGAAGUCAGUCUUGUUCAAGAAAAUGAGGAUAUUGAUAUUGAAUCUGGUCCUUAUAUUCAAGAGAUUUCAGUUUUGAAACGAGGAUUCAGUCUUGAAUUGGGCUCAUUGAGAGAGUUGUUGUUUAGUGUCAAAGAAACAAUGACCACACCUUCAGAACCAUUAAACAUUUCACUAGGUGGUAUUGAAACUUUAACUGAAAGCUUUGAUAGAUUAAACACAUUGGUUUCCAAAAGAGAUGAAAAAUUGAUUAGAGAUUUACAAAAACAAAAAGAUAUCAAUGAAUUGUGGAUCAACUCAAUUAGAGAUUUAGAAAAUGAAUUACUCGCUAAAAACAGUGAAUUACAAAACUUUGAAGCUGAAAGAAGAAACUUGAAAAAAGUGUUAACAAAGAAAUUUGGUAAUAUCGGCUCACCACUUGCAGAUGUUCCUGCAACACCUGAAGCUCAACCAACUGGUCCAUCUCCAUUAGGUGCUGCUGAAUCUAACACUGUUCAAGAUGAGCCUUUUGAUGCUAACGAUGUUGAGAUUUCAAGAUUUAUCAAUGAAGAUGAGGAUUCAGAUGAUGAAUUUUUUGAUGCUGCAGAUUUCGAAGAGGACGAUGAAGUAUCUGAAAGGGCAACUCAAGAAUCAAUUGUUGGAGGUGUUGCUGGCUCUACAGCUGCAACUACACCAGCACCAAGCGUUCAAGAACCUGAAACUACAGAAAAGCCUGUUGAAACUGAGCCAAAACAAGAAGAAGAAGAACAACAAGUGGAGGGUGAAUAUUCCAAUGAACUACAGCAAAAGAAAGAUUUAUUGAUGAAAAAUGAAGGCACAUUUAAGGGUUACGAUUUCAAACCAAGAAGUGAAUUGGCCUUAAAAGUUGACGACAGACCAAAGAUAGGAUUGUGGGGUAUUUUGAAAUCCAUGAUAGGUAAGGAUAUGACUAAAAUUGCUCUACCAGUUACAUUCAAUGAGCCAACUUCAUUAUUACAAAGAGUUGCCGAAGAUUUGGAAUAUGUGAAUUUGUUAGAUCAAGCUGCCUCAUUUGAAGAUUCAACAUUGAGAUUAUUAUACGUUGCAGCAUUUGCAGCUUCUGAGUAUGGAUCAACAACUAAUCGUGUUGCUAAACCGUUCAAUCCAUUAUUAGGUGAAACUUAUGAAUAUGCUAGACCAGAUUUAGGAUUUAGAUUCUUCACAGAACAAGUUAGUCAUCAUCCACCAGUUUCAGCGGCUAUAGCUGAAGCUUCUAAAUGGGAUUAUUAUGGUGAGACUUCAGUCAAAUCAGGUUUUAAUGGUCGUUCAUUUGAUGUUCAACCUCUUGGUAUUUGGUAUUUACAUCUAAGACCAGAUCAAUCAUCACAUAAAGAAGAAUUGUAUACAUGGAAGAAGAUUACUAGUUCAGUUAUCGGUAUUAUUGUUGGUAAUCCAUCUGUCGAUAAUUAUGGUGAAAUGAUCAUCACAAAUAAUCAAACAGGUGAUAAAGCAGUGUUGAACUUCAAACCAAGAGGUUGGAGAGGUGCAUCAGCUUAUGAAAUGAGUGGUGUUAUUUAUAAUAGAAAAGGUGAAAAGGUUUGGUCAAUUGGUGGACAUUGGAACAAUAGAAUCUUUGGUAAAAAAGUGAUUAAAAAUGAUUCAAGUAUUGAUUAUUCCAACAAGAAGAUUAGUUCAACACCAACUGAAGAUGGUACUAAAUUCUUGAUAUGGCAAAUGGCUCCAAGACCAAAAGUUCCAUUCAAUUUGACCAGCUAUGCAAUUACUUUGAACGAACCAAAUCCUAAAUUGUUGGAAUAUAUCAGCCCAUCAGAUACUAGAUUAAGACCAGAUCAAAGAGCCAUGGAGGAUGGUAAAUAUGAUGAAGCUGGAGUGUUGAAGAAUAGAGUUGAAGAGAAACAAAGAGCAGCUAGAAAGAAAAGAGAACAACAAGGCGAGAAAUACCAUCCUACUUACUUCACUAGAGAGACACAUAAAGCUACUGGUGAAGAGUACUGGAAGUUUAACGGUGAAUAUUGGAAGCAGAGAAAAGAUGGCAAAUUACCAAACAUCGAUAUUUUUUAAACCGACUUCAUGAAUCUCAACGAUGACUCUCACUUUAGAAUUUGAUUAUGCGUUUGUGUUUAUGUAUUUGAAUUUUGAUAUAAUUAUUUACACAUUUUAUGUUCCUUGUAGCUUCUUGAUGUUUGGCGCGAAUCUCGGUG